CAAACAGGGGAUGCAGUGAGUCACAGUCAGAGACACAAUUUCCAUCCAACAACCUCUUCCCUAACGCCGUCAUAACGUUUCGUCUUUCCUUCCGCCAACUCUGAAACGGACGCCAACUUCAUAUUGCGCCUUCUCUUCUUAAAUUUCAGAUUCAAUUCUGUCUUUUCUUAUUUGAUUAGGGCUAUUUUAUUUUCAUUAUUAUAGUUUUGAAUUGUUCGAUGAUCUUAAGAUAAUGCUGAGGGUUCUUGAUACUUCUAUUACAAAUCUCUGUCUCAGUUUAAUUUUUUCUUGAUACAGAUUGUUGGACUUGCACCUCCUCGAUUUCUUUCAAUCCCUUGGGCUCAAGAUAAUGAUAGUACAAGGAAGUUUUAUAAUUGUGAGCUCUGUGAUUCUUGAAAAUGGGCAACGUCCUUGAAUCGUUUGCUUCUGGCUUAGGAAAUGCUGUUGGCAAACUAUUCAAUUCUCCAAUUGAGUUUCUUUCUGGAAAGUCUUGCAGCUCAGCAUGUGGACCGACAUGGGAUCUCAUGUGCUACAUAGAACAUUUUUGUGUUGCCAAUCUUCUCAAGCUAGCAAUGGUAUUUAUGCUAUUGUACAUUGUUCUGUUAUUCUUAUAUCUGGUGCACAAAUUGGGCAUAUGUGGAUGUCUUUGCCGGUCUUCUUGCAAAAUGAUUUGGGCAUGUUUCUCUUCUUGUUUCCAUGUUUGGGAGUAUUCUUGCACUUUCUUGUGUGUUAAGCUACACCAGUUGAGGAGAAGAAGAAGAAGAUUCAAAAGGGGCAUGAAUCAAAAGUUCUACUUAAAAAGUGGAGAAGAUUACACAGAUGAAAGUCUUUCAUACCAUUAUUUUCCAACAUCUAUAAGACCAAGCAGGUCAAUUUCGCGUAGAAGAGACUAUAAAGGCUCUCACUUAAAAAGGUCUUUGCAGCCUAGACAACAUCUUGCUCGAGUUGAAAUUAGUAGAGAUCUUAGAUAUAAAAAUAAAAGGAAUCAUAUUAGUGGAGAUUCCAAUUCCACAAGCACAGUCCAUGACAUCAAGGUAAUCCGUACAUCUAAGUUUGCAAGAAAAGGUAUAAAUAAAAGGAAAAGAGUUCUUCCAAGGCAUAGAAGGUAGAAUAUUUUAGUCCUGGGUAUAUACACAAACCACUUUGUAUUAAUUCAUGUUUCUGAUUUGUAAGAUGAAAAAGAAAAACAUAUUUUUGUUUUCCUUCUCAAGUUCUUAUUCUUUCAUAACGGGGAAAAAGGCAUGUAGUAGUAAAGAAAAUGACUUUGACUGCUAGCUGCACAUCCAAAACACUUCUUAUUGAAGUUUU